GACGAUGCACAGCUUCUUGUCAUUUCCUAGUAAUUCCUGUUCUUUAUCCCCAUGCUCCUGCAUAAACUAGAGACACAGACAAAAUCUAAAGACACAGCAAGGUGUGAUAAUUGCUGCUAGCCGAUGUUAGCUACAGUAGGAGGAGAGAGGCUGCUGGCCCACACAGGCGCAGAGACUAGCAGGAGACCAGCAGGCGGGGCUGUUCAGCACAUCCCUGCAUGCAAGGCACUGACAGCAGCACAUCAGGGAGAAGCAGUUUGCAAAGCAAAGGUCUCUCUUCUCCUGCACCCUCACAGCCUGCAACUCACCUUCAGCCCCAAAUUGCAUAAACUGCCAUGGGAUUGUGAUAAAGCUCCCCUUCUGUCAGCCCUGCCUGUCUCUGAAAGAGCCCAUCACUUUAAUCUGAUGACAGCCUUGCAACCUGUUUACUACCAAAGGAAGACGGAUUAUUUUCACUUGAGAUUAUCAAGGAGGGAAGGGAGAGGAGUUUUGCAGUCUUAUCACACAGUAAAGCGGAGAAUUUGUUGUACCAAGAUGAUGCCACUAAGCAGCCUAGACAAACUGUUUAGGUGAAGAUAGUGGUGUAAAAUAGGGUGGAUCCCUCUUAUUUUUUAACAUCUACAGCAUUGUAGUCAUUAACUUUUUAUUCUGCAAAGCUAUCAAGUGAUAGAGCUGGCUAAGGAAUAAGUCUAAUGUAUAUUGUAUUUCCUUUGUUCUGAUGAAUUACCUGCAAAAAUGUGUAACUUGAUUCAGGGGAGUGUUUAAUUUAUUUACAACUCAUUGUCACAUACCUGUAUGGUUUUAGUACACUGAGAUCAGAUGACAUGAUUGGAAAUAUCAGUAUAUUGCUUAGUUUAUAACUGAAGAUAUAUUAAAAUCAUGCAUUCCCCUUUACACUCAAUAUGCUUUGCAUUUUUUGUGUGGGCUUUUGAUGUUUUAAAUGUGCAUACACAAGAGUUGCAAAAAGGAUUAAUUAAAGUUCAAUAUGAAGCACUGGAUUUUUCAACCUGGUGCCAUGCCACUGCAGGUAAACUGUAUCCAACCACAAGUGUUUAUUUAACAUCUCCCACAGAAGGGACCUUAAAAAAACUUCUUUGCAAAUUUAAGGUUAAUGAUGUGCCAGAUGAGGACUUAAAAAAUCCAAGAAUGUCUGUAGGUUUUGGACAGAAUUUACAUCAAGAUGGGGACCCUUCAUUCACACAGAAUAUUCAAUCUAAUACCUAUUUCCAGGAACUUGGAAAAGAUGAUAUAGAGGGAAAGGUAUCCAUGGAAACAAAAUAUAUUAGUAAUGGACCUGAGACUGAAACUAGAUAUCACAUGAUCACCCAAACUAGAAGAAAAAGGGGAGCUAACCAACUUCUUGCUAGGAAAGUAAAAGAUGGAAUGAGCAAAGUGACUAAUGAAAAUGAUGUCUCUAUGGAUUUAAAUGAAACUUUACAAAGACAUUACACAAUGAAAGAGACAGAUCACUUUGCUUUGCCUUUUAAUGGUUCCAUUCAAAUUGCUACCAAUGAUCUUAAAGUAUUUUCUGAAAAUAUGGAAAUUAAUCAACCUUUGGCACCAAAAAAUACCUCAAAUAAAAGACUCAAAAUUAAGAAUCCUUUUUACCCAAUCACAGAACAUUCAUAUGGUGCCUAUGCUGUCAUGUGUCUGUCUGUUAUUAUAUUUGUUAUUGGAAUAAUGGGCAAUAUGGCUGUCAUGUGUAUAGUCUGUCACAAUUAUUAUAUGAGAAGUAUAUCAAACUCACUAUUAGCUAAUCUGGCAUUUUGGGAUUUUUUGAUAAUUUUUUUCUGCCUGCCAUUAGUGAUAUUUCAUGAACUUACCAAAAAAUGGCUACUGGAAGAAUUCUCUUGCAGAAUCGUACCCUACAUUGAGAUAGCUUCUCUUGGAGUCACAACUUUUACAUUAUGUGCCCUGUGCAUUGACCGUUUCCGUGCUGCAACUAACGUACAGAUGUAUUAUGAGAUGAUUGAGAACUGUACUUCAACGACUGCCAAGCUAGCUGUGAUAUGGGUCGGUGCCCUUCUCUUAGCAUUACCUGAGCUUGUCCUUCGUCAGUUAUCUAAGGAUGAGUCUGGAUUAAGUGCCAACUCUGUAAGCGAACGCUGUGUUGUUAAAAUUUCUACAGAACUUCCAGAUACCAUUUACGUUUUAGCUCUGACAUAUGAUGGUGCCAGACUAUGGUGGUAUUUUGGGUGCUAUUUUUGUUUGCCAACUCUUUUUACAAUCACCUGUUCCCUGGUAACAGCAAGAAAGAUAAGAAAGGCUGAGAAAGCGUGCACGAGAGGUAAUAAGAGACAAAUUCAACUUGAAAGUCAAAUGAACUGUACCGUGGUAGCCCUAACAAUUUUAUAUGGCUUUUGUAUAAUCCCUGAAAAUAUUUGCAACAUCGUAACAACCUAUAUGUCUACGGGAGUAUCCAGGCAGACACUGGAUCUUCUUCAUUUGAUUAGUCAAUUUCUUUUAUUCUUCAAAUCAUGUGUAACCCCCAUACUACUUUUUUGCCUUUGCAAACCCUUUAGUCGGGCUUUUAUGGAAUGUUGUUGUUGCUGUUGUGAUGAAUGCAUUCAGAAAUCCUCGACUGCGACAAGCGAUGACAACGACAAUGAAUACACCACAGAACUUGAACUUUCCCCUUUUAGUACCAUACGUCGUGAAAUGUCCACAUUCGCUUCCGUUGGAACUCAUUGUUGAUAUUGUACUUUAAGUUUUCUAAACAUUCUUUAAAAAGUACUCUGUGAUAUACAUUUCCCAUUUAAAAAUAUUUUAGUUCUAUUUUUUUAAUUAAAUAUUUAGCAUUUAUGAUAUGAAUUUUAGGAAUCUAUAUUUAUUAUUUUUUAGAUUCUAACAGGGUAUGUUUCCAAGAAAGAAAGUUAACUUGAUUUUGCACCUUAAGUAGCUUGUUGCUAGCUUUUUCAUAAUUACAACUAGUAACUUUAAAAAUGAAUUAAUAAUAUAUAAAAUAGGUGAAAUAAAUAUAUUCAAAGGUUGUUUCAAAUAUAUACUGAAAAAUAUUGCUUUAUGUUAACAGUAGCUAACAUUCAUAUACAUCUUGUUUGUACUGUUAAGUAUUUUGUCAACAUGUUUUUUUAAAAAAAAACUAUGUAUGCCAACACUGAUAUUGUGUAAUACAUCUAAUGAUGUUUGUUGUUUUUAAACUUACUGUAUUUUAAUGCAGUUUAAAUAUUGUUAAGCAAGAGCUAAUAAGCCGCAAGUGUUCAUGUGUAAAUUAUACAAAUUAAAGGGAUAGGAAAGUCAAAAUUACAUUUCCAUGAUUUUGAUAGAUCAUGUCAUUUUAAGACACUUUUAAAUUCACUUAUAUUUUCAAAUGUGCUUUGUUCUCUUGGUAUCCCUUACUGAAAAAGAAUAAGCACAUAUAGCUGCUGAUUUGGACCGGCACACAUUUGUUUCUUGUGAUUGGCAAACUAGAUCAGAGUUCAGCUAACUGCCAAUGUUCCUUAAGCAAAGCAUAACAAGAGAAUGAAGCAAAUUUGAUAAUAAAAGUAAAUUGGAAAGUUGAUUAAAAUCGUAUGCUAUAUCUCACUGGUUUUCAAACUGGUUUUCACCUGUUCUUCAGUUUAGAUAUCCUCAAAAUCUGGCCUGUUAGGGAGGCCUGAGCACAUAGUUGAAAACCAGUGCUCUAUCUGAAUCACAAAAUACAAUUUUAGAAUCUCCUGUCCCUUAAAAGUGAAUGUAAAGUUGAAUAAAUGAGUGCCCGGUUUUUAAAAAUACUAUUAAAAACAGGGGCACUUUCAUUCAUUAAACUUUACAUUGCAGCGUUUUUUAAAAAAAAAACGUACCUUUUCUUUAGCAAAACCAGACCGACGAUCCUCUCAUGCUGUACUUAACACCUCAUUGACGAAACUGGCUUCCUCCAAUCACGGCGUGGCCUCAUGAGCUGGGUGCUCUAGGGUGCACGCCAUGAUUGGACGAAGCUGGUUUUGUCAAUGCUGAGGUAAGUACAGAGGAGCGGAGUAUCGCCAGUCCAGGUUUGCUAAAGAAAAAGUUAAGUAUUUUUUUUAAAAAAAAUCUGCAAUGUAAGGUUUAAUGAAUGAAAGUGCCCCUGUUUUUAAUAGUAUUUUUUAAAAAUGGGCACUCAUUCAUUCAACUUUACAUUCACUUUAAGGUAUCUAAUACUUAUAGCCACAAUUGCAGCCUCAUUUUUCAGUCCUAAUUUUAAGAAUUAAUAUUUUAUAACGGAUUUCUUAAAUUCACAAUGCGCUCCAGGCAUUAUAUUCUAUCAGCACAUAGAUGAUAUUGACAUAUCCAACACUAGAAAGGUCUAUCUUCCACACAUUUGUAACAUGUUAUUCCAUCAUAUGUAGCACAGUAUACUGAUGUAAAGAUAGGUGUAAAUUUCACAUUCGCAAAUGUAAUUUAAUAAUAUUAAUCUAAUUUUCAUUUGUUGUAAAACAUUUUGUGCUAUGAUGAAACAUGCAACUCUAUGACACUAAUGUAUUUAAAUCUAAAGAAAUCUAUGGCUUCACCAGAUAAAUGGGUUCAUUCAACAUAUAAUGUUUUUUUAUAGCAUGCAUUUUGUGUGUAAGGUAAUUUCUCUGACACGUAAGAUUAACGCAUUGGAGUCUCUUUUUUAGUAUUUUUAUUAGUUUUUUUUCUACAUUUUCAAGAUGUAAAUAAUAAUAUCUUUUCAUACACAGAAUGGUUGAAAAAAUUGAACUUUUCAAGUAUCCAUAUAAAAUGUAGCAGAACACUAAUCAGAUUGUUAUGUUGCUUUUUUAUAACAAGUUAAUAAAUUUCUAUGUUGAACAUGUA